UGGUCUUAACUGAUUAAAUAUGAAAAAUAGAAGACAAAUGCAUUUUGUUGUCUGUCUAAAUAGGUUCCGUUGUUCUUAAAAAUAAAAACUUUCAAAAAGGGGACCUUCAUUUUUGAUCUACUUGAUGGUGAUCUCGCUUUUUUUCCUUUUCUUUUUUCAAUCGGGUUUGUGGGUAUUGAAGAGAAAUUGCUAAAUUUGAAACCAUUUUUUGAUUGUGGGAAGGGGGAGGGGGGGGGGAUUUAGGGGCUGGUUUGAUGAAAAAUGGGUUUUGGUGUUUAGGGUUUUUGAAGAGGAAAGGAGAGGAUGGGAUUAGGUAGUGAAGAAGGUAAAGUGAAGUCUUCUUGGGAUGUGUGCAAAUCAAAGGAGAGGAAGAAGAAGAAGAAAGAUGGUACAGAGGCAGGGUGUUGGGUCAAGUUGAGGUUUAUAGGAAGCUGCAUUUCUUCAAGAUCCAAAGUUGAUAGCUCUGUUAGUGGGACUAGUACCCAUUUUGAAAGUAAAUCCACGAAUGAUACAAGCAUGGACCAACCAGCUGCUCCUGUUGUUUCAACCUCAACCACAAGUAAUACAGAAAGUAACUCAUCCACUUCCAAACUUGAAGAGGAGCUUAAAGUUGCUUCCCGACUAAGGAAGUUCACAUUUAAUGAUCUCAAGUUUGCGACAAGAAAUUUUAGACCUGAGAGUCUUCUUGGUGAAGGUGGCUUUGGUUGUGUUUUCAAGGGAUGGAUUGAAGAAAAUGGAACUGCUCCAGUGAAACCUGGUACUGGCCUCACUGUUGCUGUUAAAACCCUUAAUCAUGAUGGGCUCCAAGGUCAUAAAGAGUGGCUGGCUGAAGUGAAUUUUCUUGGCGAUCUUGUUCAUCCUAACCUGGUUAAACUGAUUGGCUACUGCAUUGAAGAUGAUCAAAGGCUGCUAGCGUACGAGUUCAUGCCUCGAGGAAGCUUGGAGAACCACCUGUUUCGAAGGUCCCUGCCUCUUCCAUGGUCCAUAAGAAUGAAAAUUGCUUUAGGUGCUGCCAAAGGUCUUGCCUUUCUUCAUGAAGAAACUGAAAGGCCAGUGAUUUAUCGUGAUUUUAAGACCUCCAAUAUCUUAUUAGAUGCGGAUUAUAAUGCCAAGCUUUCUGAUUUUGGACUUGCCAAAGAUGGUCCUGAGGGAGAUAAGACCCAUGUAUCAACCCGUGUGAUGGGAACUUAUGGUUAUGCGGCCCCAGAGUAUGUAAUGACUGGACAUCUUACUUCAAGGAGUGACGUCUACAGUUUUGGUGUGGUCUUGCUUGAAAUGAUAACUGGCAGAAGAUCCAUGGAUAAGAACCGACCUAAUGGAGAGCAUAACCUUGUUGAGUGGGCGAGACCACAUCUAGGGGAGAGAAGAAGAUUCUACCGGUUGAUAGACCCUCGGCUUGAAGGUCACUUUUCAAUAAAAGGUGCCCAGAAAGCUGCACAGCUAGCUGCUCAUUGCCUUAGUAGGGAUCCUAAAGCUAGGCCUCUAAUGAGUGAAGUGGUCAACGCAUUGAAGCCUCUGCCCAACCUCAAGGACAUGGCAAGCACAUCAUAUUAUUUCCAGACCAUGCAAGCUGAACGGGUUGGAUCCAGCCCAAAUGCGAGAAAUGGUGUCCGCUCACAGGCUGGAUUGUUAUCUAGGAACGGGCACCAACAAAGGAGUCUUUCAAUACCACAUGGUUCCCAUGCUUCCCCUUAUCACUAUCAAUACCCCCAUAAAUCUCCAAAACCCAAUGGUAAACCAUAGCAGCACAGGAUCAUUGAAGUAUGUGCUUCUUUUAGCCACCUCUUUUCAUUCAUUUCUUUUUUCACCUCUGUUCUCAGUAUAGAUGUAUUUUCUGUGAAAGCAAUUGUUCUUGGACAACUUUGAAGGCAAUGGAGGAACAUGCCUCUAUGUGUUGUAUUUAGAAUGAUGACCUUCCCACACAGGGGGUAAUGUUAAGGACAGGUGAAGCUCAUGGCGCAAAA